AUGUCCAACAACAUUGCUUUGUCUGUCCUGACUAAAUAUAGUGUCAAAGUGUACAAAGUCAAAAGGGAGAACAACUUGUAUGAGGGAUCUUUGACUGUGUUGUAUGAUAAGACCUGGACAUUACAAAAUGCAGAUUCAGUAUUUGACCUGGUAGACAUUGUCUGUGACACAAAGGAGAAGGAACACACAAGUGAAGAAAUCCUAGCAAAGGCCUGUGUACUAGGAUGGGAAAACAUUAUUUCUUUUUUUAUAAAGGACAAGUUCAUAAUAUUAGAAGCAGCUAGAGUGUUUGUCUGUGAGAAGAUAGGGGCAGGCCUUCUAUUCUUACCAGAACAUACCUGGUUUCUGGUAGAUAGUAACAUGAGUAUUUCCAAACUGCCCAUUUUGUUCCUCAAUACUUGUGUUUCAUUCUCUCAGAAGCUGAUUGUGGCUACAGUACUACAACAACAUUAA